CAGAGAAACAUGCAUCUGUCUUCCAUUCCCCUCUGCGGCUUUCUUCUCAUCCUAAAGCUGCAGCUGUUCAGCACGUAUCCUAUCAGCACCGGCCUGACUGACUCUGACAUGGACAUCUUAAAGGUGUUGCUUCACAGACUAGAGGAGUCGGUUCCUGUGGACCAGAGCGUCCCUGCAGGGAUUGACAUACAGAGCCUGGACAUAGAGGAUGCAGCAGAAGGACAGCAGCCCCAAACUGGACUGGAUGAGGCAGUCAUCAGGGAGUUUCUCUCAGCAAAGAACCUAAAGAGUGUCCGCAACGACUCGUCCAGGAAAUCCUCAGGCUGCUUCGGUCGCCGGAUGGACAGAAUAGGCUCCAUGAGCUCUCUUGGGUGCAAUACUGUCGGCAGAUACAAUCCAAAGUAAAGGUGAAGAAACCAUCUAAACACUGGAACUGCAAUAUCUCUACCAAAAGAUAUUUUUAUUUGAAUGCUAUUUAUUUACUAAUAUUUAUUUAAUAUUGUUUGUUGCUUGC